GCCAAGAAAAGACGAAAGUUCCAGGACAAUGCAGAUGCAAAAGCGGCUGAAGCUGAAGAGAAACGUAGAGAACAGCAGCAGCAGGGAGAUAGUAAACAGGCAGCGCAGCAGCAACAGCAGCAGCAACAGCAACAGCAGCCAACCACUCCAGAAUAUGCUGUUGGCUUGGGUACUACCAAUCCCGAAACUCCCAGUCCAGCCACUCCAUCUACUCCUCUGCUCUCGGCUUCUGCAGGAGGGGCCUCAACAUUACAUACAAAUGCUGUGGCAGUGGGAACUAUAACGGCAAGGUCAACGCUUCAGCAGACCUCAACUUCUACAGGUCGUGCUACUCCAACUCUUCCUGCCACUCCCUCUGGUGGAACAACACCACAACGGAUCAUUGUUACUCCAAGUACUCAGGCGGCAGGUUCACCAACUGUUGUAUACCGAACAGUUUCCCACACCCCUGUUUACACAACAACUGAAGUCAUACAGGCUUCAACAGACAGUGUUUCACCAACAACUAGAGAGGGAACACCUAAUGGCCAGCCUCAAUAUGCUACAUUACAGCCUGUGCAACCGGACCUUGUUUACACUACAACACCAUUAACAACAACUACUCUGGCAGCUGCUGCUACACCAACAACUCAGCAACAACAGCAGCCUGCACAGCAGCAGCAGCAACAGCAGCAGGCACCACAACAGCAACAGGCACCACAGCAGCAGCAGGCACCACAGGUUAUUACAGUUGCAGCAGCAGCAGCAACUCAGCAAGAAAAUGCACAGCCACAGCAAGUGCCUAUCAAUCAAACAGCAGUUACAACUCAGCAACAGCAACAGAAGCGUGGGUUGUCUCUUACUCGAGAACAAAUGUUGGAGGCCCAAGAGAUGUUCCGUUCGAGCAACAAAGUUACGCGACCAGAGAAGGCCCUUAUUCUUGGAUUCAUGGCCGGAUCUCGAGAAAAUCCUUGUCCUCAUCUGGGUAACAUUGUGACCAUCAAGCUGAGUGAGGGAGAGGAGACAGUUCCACAACCAGAGGGCACCUUUAUUAAUAUGAUGGCUGAGACACACUUCCAAAUGAACUACAACACAGGAGAAUGGAAGAGGAUAAAGAAGUACAGACCCUUACCUGUAGAGUGAAGAGCAGACACAGACCCUCAUUAUUGACCAAAGUCCAUUUAGUAGUCAGGCUUUAGCACAGAUACCAUGAUCCUUAAGAUUAAAUAAAUGUUAAUCUAUUGUUAUGAGUGAGUGACUUGUUAUAUAACAAAGGAACUUGUUAUUAUUGAUAAGUAAAUGUUGGUUUAGCACUGAUAUUUUAACAGUCUGUAAACACACUAUAGAUGGUAGUUGAAAGUGCUUUCAAUUUGGUUGAAGAAUGAGCAAAUGAUGUUAAUGGAUUGAUAGCUAAAGGGUGUGCAAUAGAUAGGAAUAUUUAAGAGGAUUGCAUUAACAAAUGUUAAAAUGUCUGCCAUAAAAGAUGCUGUUGUAAUAUGGUAAGAUAUUGCAAAAGGAAUUAUAUUUAAUAUUAACAAGUUAACAAGGAUCAGCCACUGUAAAUGAUGUAAGAAAAUUACAGGAACACGAUGUUGGAGAAGCUUGCUGUUGUCAAUAAAUGACAAGUGCCAGACUGCAGCUUGUUCUAUUACUGUGAUAAUGAGUAUAUAUUGAGUCAUUGUCCACUGUAAUAUAGAAUUUUCAGUUCAGUCAGAGGGAAAGGACCACUCACUUCUAAGUUUGUUAUUAUUUUCUGUCACAGUUAUGAGUGUAAAUGUACAUAUAGUCCUUCAUAUUGGAGAAUUAUAACUUUUAGCACUUGGCUUUUUUCUUGAUAGAAUUGAAAAUAAGUUUGGCCAUGCAUGACAUGCUGGGUUAUGACAGCAGGAGUCUGUGGCCGACCCCACAUGAGGGACUUGUCUUGAAAGGUCUUCCUCAGCUGUUGUACCUGUAUAACAUAAGAGUUUAGUGUAUAUUAUUAUACCCUAUUCUGAUUCUCUCAGUUCAGUUUUGUAAAUAAGAUUUACUUCUUGUACAGUUUAUUAGAAAUGCAAAAGAAUGUCUAGUCCUUGGCGGUGCAAGUUGGUCUCCAUAACUACCCCCAUGUGACUAAUGUAUAAGAUCUCAUUGCCUCCUUGUUUGUGUCACUGUUCCCACCACACCUGCCAACAUGAAUAGUAAUAACACGUAAGAUGCAGAUAUUUUUCAUGGAUGAAAGAUUAGGUAUGAAACCAAACUUUUUUUUUUUUUUCUUCUUUUUUUUCUUUCUUUUUUUCUUUCUUUUUUCUUUUUCUUUCUUUUUUUUCUUUUUAUUUGAUUUUUUGUUAAUUAAUUAAUUUAUUUAUUUUCCAUUUUUGCUUGUUUCAUAUUCCACAUUUUUUAUAGUUAUUUUUUAUGUAAAACUCCCUCACUGUUUCUGUUCAAGAGGUGCAUUACUUGUACCUAAAGAAGCAUAUGUCUUUAAGUUGAUUGCUUCUUGGAAGCAUCUGUGAUAGCAAACAGAUAUAUUUUUCUUUUGUAUAUAUGCCUUUCCUGGUGUAUGGCUCUAUUCAGUAAAAGCAUGAUAAUA